CUGGCUGUUGCAGCGGCAACGGCAGCAGCAGCGCUGGGCUGGUGGCGGCGGCGGGUUUUGCUGUGAGUUGUUGUUUCCUCCUCCUGCCCGGAGCUUGAAUGGUGGAGCUCAGACUCUCGCUGCUGCUGAACAAACAGUGACAGCUACUGGGUGAGCGCGCUUUUCAGCAAGCAGGGCCCCGCCGGCGGGGAGCUCGGCCUGAGCGAGCCGGGCUCCUCCGCUCGCCAUGUCCGGGGACGGAGGCGGCAACAGCGGCAGGCACACAGCGGAGCUGCGAGCGGAGCUCUAUUUCCUCAUCGCCCGUUUUCUCGAGAACGGACCUUGCGAGGAAGCGGCUCAGGUCCUGAUCCGAGAAGUAGCCGAGAAGGAGCUGCUGCCCAAGCGCACGGACUGGACGGGAAAGGAGCAUCCCAGGAGCUACGAGAGCCUAGUAAAAUACUAUAGACACUUGGCACCAGAUCAUCUACUCCAAAUAUGCCAUCGACUAGGACCACUUCUAGAGCAAGAAAUUCCUCAGAGUGUUCCAGGAGUACAGACAUUAUUAGGAGCUGGAAGACAGUCCUUGCUUCGCACAAGUAAAAGCUGCAAACAUGUUGUGUGGAAGGGAUCUGCUCUUGCUGCGUUGCACUGCGGAAGACCUCCAGAGUCGCCAAUAAACUAUGGCAGUCCACCUAGUAUAGCUGAGACUCUCUUCUCAAGAAAGCUAAAUGGAAAAUACAGACUUGAACACCUUAUUCCAACUGCUGUGUAUCAACAUAUGAAAAUGCACAAACGAAUUCUUGGACAUUUGUCUUCAGUAUAUUGUGUAACAUUUGAUCGAACAGGCAGACGGAUAUUUACUGGUUCUGAUGAUUGUCUUGUGAAAAUCUGGGCAACGGAUGAUGGAAGGUUGCUUGCCACUUUAAGAGGACAUGCAGCAGAAAUAUCAGACAUGGCUGUUAACUAUGAGAAUACCAUGAUUGCUGCAGGGAGCUGUGACAAGAUGAUCAGAGUGUGGUGUCUCCGAACAUGUGCACCUCUGGCUGUUUUGCAAGGCCACAGUGCAUCCAUAACAUCACUACAGUUUUCUCCACUAUGCAGCGGCUCAAAGCGAUACCUUUCUUCAACUGGGGCAGAUGGCACAAUAUGUUUUUGGCUGUGGGAUGCUGGCACCCUUAAAAUAAAUCCAAGGCCAACAAAGUUUACAGAACGCCCAAGACCUGGUGUCCAAAUGAUCUGCUCUUCUUUUAGUGCUGGUGGAAUGUUUCUCGCCACCGGAAGCACAGAUCACAUCAUUAGGGUUUAUUUCUUUGGAUCAGGUCAGCCAGAGAAGAUAUCAGAGUUGGAGUUUCAUACUGACAAAGUGGACAGCAUUCAGUUUUCUAACACUAGUAAUAGGUUUGUGAGUGGAAGCCGUGAUGGGACUGCACGUAUAUGGAUGUUCAAGAGAAGGGAAUGGAAGAGCAUUUUGUUGGAUAUGGCUACACGUCCUGCAGGUCAAACCCUACAAGGGGUAGAAGACAAAAUAACAAAACUGAAAGUUACUAUGGUGGCGUGGGACCGUCAUGACAACUCUGUUAUUACUGCAGUUAAUAACAUGACUUUGAAAGUUUGGAACUCUUUCACUGGCCAACUUAUUCAUGUCCUUAUGGGUCAUGAGGAUGAAGUAUUUGUACUUGAGAGUCACCCUUUUGAUCCUAGAGUUCUCUUCUCUGCUGGCCACGAUGGAAAUGUCAUAGUAUGGGAUCUGGCCAAGGGUGUAAAAAUCCGAUCGUACUUCAACAUGAUUGAAGGACAAGGACAUGGGGCAGUGUUUGACUGCAAAUGCUCUCCUGAUGGCCAACAUUUCGCAUGUACAGACUCUCAUGGUCAUCUUCUGAUCUUUGGCUUUGGCUCAAGUAGCAAAUAUGACAAGAUAGCAGAUCAGAUGUUCUUUCACAGUGAUUAUCGGCCUCUCAUCCGUGAUGCAAACAACUUUGUCUUGGAUGAGCAAACACAACAGGCACCACACCUUAUGCCUCCACCGUUUUUGGUUGAUGUUGAUGGUAAUCCUCAUCCAUCAAGAUAUCAGCGAUUAGUUCCAGGACGUGAGAACUGUAGAGAGGAGCAACUUAUUCCUCAGAUGGGGGUAACUUCUUCAGGACUAAACCAGGUUUUGAGUCAACAAGUUAGCCCUUUGGACAGCAUGAUACAAAGACUUCAGCAAGAGCAAGAUCAGAGGCGGUCUGGAGAAGCUGCAACUAGCAAUGCUAACAGAAUUGGCAGGGGCUCUGUAAACUCUACCUCAGAGGUGCAUUCGCCACCAAAUGUGGGAUUAAGACGCAGUGGGCAAAUUGAGGGAGUACGGCAGAUGCAUAGCAAUGCGCCCAGAAGUGAAAUCGCUACUGAACGGGACCUGGUGGCAUGGAGUCGAAGGGUUGUGGUGCCAGAGCUGUCAACAGGAGUAGCCAGCAGGCAGGAAGAAUGGAGAACAGCAAAGGGGGAAGAAGAAAUAAAGAUAUACAGAUCAGAAGAGAAAAGAAAACACGUUGCAAAUCAUGUUCCAAGAGAGAACAAAAUAUCUUCUUUGCCUAAGAAUCAUUCUCAUGAUCACAUAUUAGAUGUUGGUGAUUCCAAAAAACAGCAGGCCAACCAACACAACUACCGUACUAGAUAUGCUUUGGAAGAAACUGCCAGGCCAAAUGAAGAUAUGGAAAAUGGAAGCAGUUCUUCAGAUGAGGGGGAAGUAGUUGUUGCUAGUGGUGGAACAUCUGAAAAUGAGGGGAAAGUAUGGCACAGUGAUGGCAGUUCUAGUGACUAUUCCAGUGAUUAUUCUGACUGGACAGCAGAUGCUGGAAUUAAUCUGCAGCCACCAAAGAAAGUUCCUAAAAUUAAGACUAAGAAAGUAGAGAGCAGCUCAGAAGAUGAAGAGGGUCCUGAAAAACAAAGGCAAAAGCAAAUCAGAAAGGAAAGAAGAAAAGGAAUUGAAGAUAAAGAUGGUCCAACAUCACCAAAGAAAAGGAAACCCAAAGAGAGAAAACAGAAGAGGCUGGCUGUGGGAGUGUUAGCAGAAAAUGGCUUGACACUGGAAGAAUGGUUGCCUUCGGUGUGGAUUACAGAUCCUGUUCCCCGUCGAUGUCCAUUUGUACCACAAAUGGGAGAUGAGGUUUACUAUUUCCGACAAGGCCAUGAAGCAUAUGUUUUAAUGGCAAAGAAGAACAAAAUAUAUAGCAUUAAUCCAAAAAAACAGCCAUGGCAUAAGAUGGAACUACGGGAACAAGAGCUGAUGAAAAUAGUUGGAAUAAAGUAUGAAGUCGGGCUUCCUACACUUUGCUGCCUUAAACUUGCUUUUCUUGACCCAGAUACUGGUAAAUUGACUGGAGGAUCUUUUACAAUGAAGUAUCAUGAUAUGCCAGAUGUUAUAGAUUUCCUAGUCUUAAGGCAGCAGUUUGAUGAUGCAAAACAUAGACGAUGGAACAUAGGUGAUAGAUUUAGAUCAGUAAUUGAUGAUGCCUGGUGGUUUGGAACAAUAGAAAGCCAAGAGCCCCUACAGUCUCAGUAUGCUGACAGCUUGUUUCAGUGCUACAAUGUCUGUUGGGACAAUGGAGACACUGAGAAAAUGAGUCCUUGGGAUAUGGAGCCUAUACCAAACAAUGGUAUGUGUCUACUUUCCCCUAGAUGUACAGAAAGGAGACAGAACUUACUAUCUGUGUUUCCUGAGGAGCUUGGAACUAGUGUUCCUUUAACUAACGUUGAAAGCAGAUCAUUGAUAUACAAACCUCUGGAUGGAGAAUGGGGUUCCAGGACUCGUGAUGAUGAAUGUGAAAGAAUAAUUUCAGGGAUAAACCAACUGAUGACUUUAGAUAUUGCUUCUGCUUUUGUGGCACCUGUGGAUUUCCAAGCUUAUCCAAUGUACUGCACUGUUGUUGCAUAUCCUACUGAUCUCAGUACAAUUAAGCAAAGACUGGAAAAUAGGUUUUACAGGCGACUUUCUUCACUUAUGUGGGAAGUUCGGUAUAUAGAAUAUAAUACACAGACAUUCAAUGAACCAGGAAGUCCCAUUGUCAAAUCUGCCAAGUUUGUCACAGAUCUUCUGCUGCACUUCAUGAAAGAUCAGGCAUGCUAUGACAUAAUCCCACUAUAUAACACCAUGAAGAAAAAUGUCUUGUCUGACUCGGAGGAGGAAGAAGAGAAAGACAUUAAUAUGCCAGGCACUUCCACUAGGAAGAGGAAGGACCAUCAGCCAAAGCGUAGGCUGCGCAACAGAGCUCAAUCAUAUGAUACUCAGGCAUGGAAGAGACAGUGCCAGGAGUUGUUAAAUCUAAUUUUUCAGUGUGAAGAUUCUGAACCUUUUCGCCAGCCAGUGGAUCUUCUUGAAUAUCCAGAUUACAGAGACAUCAUUGAUACACCAAUGGAUUUUGCUACAGUUCGGGAAACAUUAGAAGCAGGAAAUUAUGAGUCACCAAUGGAGUUAUGUAAAGAUGUGAGACUAAUCUUCAGCAACUCCAAAGUUUAUACACCAUGCAAAAGAUCAAGAAUUUACAGUAUGAGCCUGCGCCUGUCUGCCUUCUUUGAGGAACACAUUAGUUCCAUUUUAUCAGAUUACAAAUCCGCUUUGCGCUUUCAUAAAAGAAGCACAAUUAAAAAGAGAAGGAAGAAAAGAAGCAGAAGCAGUUCACUUUCUAGUAGUGCUGCAUCAAGUCCGGAUAGGAAACGAAGACUAAUAAAACCACAACUGAAAGCUGAACCCCCUGCUGCGCCUUCAUCCUCUGCACCUGCACGUUCAACAUCCUUGAGAAACAUAGCUGCUCAGAUGAACGGGAAAGCAGUUGAUUCUGCGACUUUGGUCCGAACAAGGAGUACUAGAGCAGUAACGGAAGUGGCUGUUAAUGAGCAGCCUUCUACUUCUUCAGGGGGAAAGCCUUUAACUGUGAAACCUAGUGGUACUGUUGCAUCAGGGAAGUCAGUACUAGAGAAUUCCACCAAACAUUCCAAGAACCAGAAUAUGUUAUCAGUCCCUAAUCAAACUAACUUCACUCACAACACAAGGAAUAAUACUGCAAGAGAAAAUGUGGAAAAGGAUAAGCCAAUUAAACGUAAACCAAAAUCAGCCACUGUCAGCCCCCAAGCAGAUUGCAAGAAUAAUACCAUGGCUUUGGCAUCAGGAAGCAUCCAAGUAAAUGGACAUGGGGGACAAACUUCAAAGCCUGUGUUUAAGAGGGGUCCUGGGCGGAAACCCAAAAUUGAGACUAACAAUAGUAGCUGUGAAGUGGUGCACAAGAAAAGAGGAAGGAAACCAAAAAACCUGUUACUUGCUCAGCAAAAGAAUUUAGGGCAAAAUACAAUCCAACCUGUUAAGGACUUGAAAACAGAGGAAGCAUCUGUUUCUACUGCAUGCAAUUCUCUCUCUGAAAAUAAUGUGAAGGAAGACUUGUUACAAAGAAAAGGCCGUGGAGGUAGAAAGCCUAAAAGAAAGCCAGAGGCACAACAACCAGGAUUGGAACAUACAUUUUCUGCAGACCCUAAGAUUCAGACAAGAAGCAAAAGGAAAAAGUCAGAUGGACCCAUUGAAGAAGAGCCUGAGGAAUGUAAAGAUUCUGAACCUCACAUGAGAACUAGAAACCAGGGUAGGAGGACAGCCUUUUACAAUGAAGAUGACUCAGAGGAGGAGCAAAGACAGCUGUUGUUUGAAGACACCUCUUUGACUUUUGGGACAUCUAGCAGAGGCAGAGUCCGAAAGUUGACUGAAAAAGCAAAGGCUAAUUUGAUUGGUUGGUAACUUUAGCAUUUAAAAAUGCUAGUAAUAGGUACAACUGAGAAAUUUGUGGAACUAAGGAUAUCUGCUUUCUGCUGCUAUUUACAGAUGAGACUACGUUUGGAAAAGGAUAGCAAAAACAAACUGAACAUUUCUUUGAAAGAAGUAUGUAUUUUAAAAGUUUGCUAUUUAUUGCCCUCCAAGUAGGUUAUGCAUUUCAAUUCAUUUUGUUCAGUUAGUAUCGAAGAUUGUAUAAAUGAAAUUCUUGAUUUGCAGAAAAGUUACUGUAAUUUUGAACAGUACAUAACCUCUAUUUGAUUAAAAUAGCAUUUUUAAUGUAACAGACUGAAUACAGAACUCCUAUUUUUGAAUGAACAAGGUACAGUACAUUUGUAUAGAGUUGUAAUAUCUGUGUUUUGCAUUCUAUUAGCAGAGUAUGGCAAUUAAUGCCAUUGAGAACAAACACAGAAUUACCAAACUUUGCUAAUAGGAUAACAUUUGAUUCAGUAGUGAUUGGGCACACAGCUUUCUACAAAGGUAGUGCAGGUUGUUUUGUCUAGGUUCUGCCAGAGAGAGAAAUCACAAUAUAUAGUUAUAUAUAAAUAAAUAUAAAUAUAUCCACAUUGGAAAAAGUUUGACUAAUAUGUCUAAUUUUUCAGACCCUCAUUCUUGUAUCAAUCAAAUCUGUUUAUUGUGCCAAAGAUUGAGAACCGGUGCAGUGGAAAAGUUUUGAGUGUCAGUGCAGCAUACAGUUUUCUAUUAAGCUUAUGACUCCGUGUUCAAAAUAUACAUUGUUCUGAAAAAUUAUCUCUACCUGUACUUCAUAGUAAAACAAUUAAUGCACUGGUGGGAUCCUUUGAUCAACAUUUAGGCAGAAUUUAUAAUUGGGUUAAAGGGUUCAAGGAAGCUGCAGGAAAAGUGUGAAAUUCUGAUGUUUACGUUAUGAUCAGAUUGAUUUAUUGUUUCUAUGAACUGUUAAACUGACUAACAUUUCAAAAGAAGUGUAUGUGUAUGUAUAUAUUAUGUACACAAGCACAUAAAUAUAUUCAAUAUUACCCAGGUAUAAUUUCUUUCAGGACUUUUUAGAUACUACUAGACUAUUAAGAAUUUUAAAAAUGUCAUACUUUAAUUUUAAGGGGAAGAUUGGUUAUUUUCAAUUAUUAAAGAUAAAAAGGCCAAAUCACUUUUUAUGCAAUCAUGUUUUAUACAGUGUUCUCAUUGCACAUUGUUUUUCUGCACUUUUUACAGUAUACUUAUCAAGCUGACAUAAGGUCAUAUACAUCCUAAAGGAAAAUCCCACUUUAUGAUUGUGCCUUGUAUUCUAUUAUUUUGUGCAUCUUUAGUAGACUUGAGUUGUCUAUUGUAAAUGAUAACUAUAUGACUUAGGGGAAUGUAUUGCUGUAUGUACUGCUAUGGAAAAAACCAGUUAUUUAUUUGUUUAUGGUACAUUUACUUAUUUUAUACCUUUAAAACAAACUUUAAUACAAUUUUUAUUGUUUAAAAGUAUAGUCAAAUUGAAAACAAAAUACAUAGUAAAACAGUUGCAUGGUACAAAAAUGUAACCACGUUUUUAAUUUAACAUACAUAGGGGAAACAGGAAAUGUGCAAAAGAAGGUUGUUUAAAUCCCCUGGCUUUGAUGUAGAUAUGCUGGUGUGCAGCAGUGUACUGCCUCUGCAUGCUUACGCACCUGUCCAGAAGAUAGUUGAUGCUGUCAGCUUCAACAGCAUAAUUCGAAGGGUGAGAAUCUGAAUCUAACCUUUCAUGCUUCCACUAAUGGUAGGUGUGGGGAGGGGCUGAAUUCAGUUUUCUUUCCCUACAAAUAGAUUAUUGGCUCUAUCAAAGAUUGUGGCACUGACCAUCUGUGUGGUGCUACAUGCAGGGUUUCCAGUCCAGUUUUGAGAAGUGCAGGUAGUUUCAGUCUCAGGAGCCAGGUGUGCAACUCCUUUUUGUGUACACGAUUCUCAUAUACACAGACAACUUGCUGAGGGGUAAGACUAACUAAUAUUCAUCUUGAACCUCUUCCACUGAAAAAUUUCAGUCAUGGCAGUGGGUUCUUAAAAUGCAUUUCUGAUUUUUACCACAAAUAGUCGUAAGCAUAAAGAUAAUUAUUUCUUAGCUGAGGUAGCUAAUCAUUAUAAAGCCACUUUCAGAAAUUUGGGGCAUGGAAGAUUUUAUUUGGUUGACUACUUAACUGCCAUCAUCCCCUUCUAUAUUUAAAAAACAUUAUUAUUUAGCAUUUUUAAAAACGCUGAACUAUCUCGCAUAGCUUCAUCUAAGAUAGUCAAUGAUCUGGUCCUAAUGACACAACAGCCCACUGGGUUAAUUAGGCCCUGGGGCACUGCGGCGUGUGCUGUCCACCAUUAUGAAUAUAUAAGCUCCAGCCGGGUGCUACCAUAGCUUUUCAUAUCAUCCAAACCAAGGCAGUGGUGGUUAGGGUUAUUUGGGGGUUGUUAACUUUCAAAUAACCCCCACCACCUGGCUUUAUAUGAUGCAACCAGUCAUGGCAAUGCCAGCCAAGGCUUUCAUAUUCAUAAUGGCAGCCUACAAGAACUACAGCUCCUUGCAGGUAAAUUAAACAACAGUGGGCUGUCAUGUCAUGCAAACUGGCCCAGUAUUUCCAAAACUGAAAUACAAGGCGAUCUUCAGAAUUCUUCUGACACAAGUCCUCUCUAUAGAUCUAUUUUUAUUAGUAUUUUAAAGAGUGGUACAUGACAUGGGUUGAUUUUUUUUUAAAAAAAAAAGGGGGGGUUGGACUUGGACUUGUGUUUCUUAAGCAAAACAUGUAUUCUUACUAAUACUGCAGGCAUUAAAGAUAAAAACAUUAUGACAGACUAUGUACAGUUUCACAUUUCACAAUAAAAGCAUUAUACUAGAUCUAAAUUGUUUAUUUUAAGAAUCUCAGUGUAUAUGAAGGCAGUCAAUUUCAAAUGUCUUAUUUCCUGGUUAUCUGCAUUGUAAUAUAAACAAUUGCAAAGCAAUCAUGAAACUUUAUUGCUGUAAUUACUCAAUUUAUAAUUAUGUCUCACUUGGCAUGUUUAUGUAUAUACUUAUAUACAACAAAUAUGUGUAUGUAAUGUUGGAGAAUGGAAUAAUACACCUAACCAUCAGAGUCUGAAAAUUACAUAUUUCAAAACUAUAAAAAUCAAAACUCUUCUUUGCAGCACACAAAUGUAUUCCCCUUUCAUGAAUAAUCUGUACUAGUACUAAGACUUCAUGUUGUCCUUAUGCUUUCUAACAUUUCAAUAAUUUAUUUUUGUAAAUUGGCUUAUAAAACUGUUGUUGUGCUAGGUUUUCUAAAUAAGCGAUUUAGGUUCUAUUGGCUUGACUUAAAUUACUAUCAUUGGUUAGAUUUGACUGAUUUGCAAAAUUGUUAUUGUACCAGAACAGAAGAGAGCUUUUUAUCUAGCACAUUUUAAUAUGAGCAAUAAAUACUGGUUCAAGAACGUUGUGAUGGAAAAACUAUAAUGAAAUGUGUUCUAGAUAAUACUGGUUAAGACAAAAUGUAAUUAUUUUAUGGCACAUUUUCAUGUAAAAUACUACUUAAAUGCCAUUUCUGUCGGUAAUUAUGGCUACUCACACAAGCUGUUAUCUUACACACUUGGCAGUAAUGAAAACAAAUGUUAAAUGUGGUCUUCUGAUACAGGGUGGUCCAUUAGUUCCAUAAUGUUGUUAAAUUACUUCCAAUAUUAACCAGUGGUUACUACACAAUGGUGUCUUAAUAGCAGAGCAUUCCAUGUUCUUUGGGAAAUAAUUUGUUUUUCACUUCAGUAAUAGCAGUGUCGUCAUCUGCAUCUCCCCUUUUUGUUUGGUAAAGCAUUGAUUAGCAGGUUUUAAUUUUGAUUGUUUACCAUGAAUUACGUUUGAAUAUCUUCAGUCUAAUAUUGAGUAUUGAACCAAUGGUCUUCAUUGUGCUAUGAGUGGUGAUGCAGCUUUACAAGAACCGUCUUCCUAUAGUGAUUAUACUGCUGUGAGGUAAACUUGCACACAUUAAUUCUACCAUACUGUCAAUUUAUACAUGAACGAUCAUUUUGUUGUAAACUUAAUAUCACUUUGAAUUAAUCUUUGUAAAAUAGACUUUGAAAAGAACUCAUUGCAGCAUGAAGUACGUAUCAACUUUUGAAAAUAAAUGGGCACGUAAGCCAUGCGCUAUGUUACAAUAUGAAUUCAAAGACACGGUUUGGACAGUUAAACAUCCUAUGGUUUAUUAACCAUGAGUUGUUUGUGAGUGAGCAUGUGUGCUGGCUCCUAACCUCUCACCCGCUUUCACUUGGUUAAACAACCCAGAAACGACCUGUUCCUGGGUUGUUUGCCAUGAACUCUGAACAUGGAACCUCUGGCUUGUUGAAAGAAAAAAAAAUGCAGAGUUUUAACUCAACAAUAAGCCAUGGGUUAAAUUUAACCACCAAGAGUUCUGGGACACAGCAAACAAUCUAGGAACAGGGCAUUCCUUGGUUGUUUAGCAAAGAGGAAAGAGGCAAGUGGUUGGGAGCCAGCAUGCUCACUCGGUCCUACAUGAUCACAAACAACCAAUGCGGGCUUUCGGUUUCACAAGCUUUAGUAUAUCUGGUAACUUUUGAUAAUUAAAGACCCCAACCAGAGUCCAUGCACAUGCAGCUCAUUUCUGUGAAGGGAACAGAUCCCAAUGUGCACCCUUGGCAUUGAGACAAGAGCUCAUUUUCCCCAUUAGUGUUCUAUCUAAUGAAGGUUUAGGGCACAAUCCAAGUUGUGCUUUGCAGAGCAGCGCAUGCAGGUGUUUCGUGCCCGUAAUCUCCCCCAUCAGCAGACCUCCCACAAGUGGAGAGCUGCACUUGUGCGACAGCUGCAUAUGUCUCAGUGUAUGUGAGGGACCGACUGGAUCAGUUCUUUACUGUACAUUUGAUGUAUCUCUUAAUCUUGCACUUCAUGUAAUUGGACCUAAGCAUUCAUCUGAUAAAAGGGCUGUUCAGUUUCUGCUGUAAAUAAUGUACAUGGAUGUUUAUACUUUUUUUAAAAAAAAUGGUGUACAAUUCGUAUAUAGUGGCCAAGUCUGGAAAUUAUUUCUAAUAUAACGAAAUCUGGUAUUGCAUUUUUAAUGUGUUAACUUUACAUAAUUUGUAUUUUAAUCAAAAUUUUUAAUUACUAUUGGAGGGAGAUGUGAAGCAAAAAAACCCCCCCAAACUUAUAGCUCUCAUAUUUUUUCCUGUUAAGAACAUUUUGGAAUAGAAGAUACCCUCUGUUUCAGGAAGGUUACAUUUAUUGGGUAAAUCCAACAUAACAUUAGCGUAAAAGUUCUUAGCGCUGGUUUUGGGUCAUUCGUGUUUUUGUUGUGCAAGCAUAACUCAAGUAUUGAAUUUGUCUAUUGCACAUAGUUGACAACUAUUUUUUUAGUGUGGAAGGCUUUUUGCACUAGUGGACAGACACCAUUGGAUACAACCCGUUAUAUAUUUUGUUUUUUUAAUAUAUAUAUUUAAAUAGAGGAGAGACAGCAUUUGAUUAUAGUAAUAGCACCAGCUGUGCUAUUAAAAAGACCAAGCCCCAAAUGUAUAAUUUAGGAGCCAUUUAUGCCUAAGUGAAUGAAAGCCACUUUUCUUUUGGUACAAAAAAUAAUCAAAUGCUAAAUAUUUGGCAUUUAAAAACAAUGCAGAUACAUGGAUCAGGAAAUUCUGAAAAUAUGGUAUAGAAAUAAUUUGUAUAUGCAUAAAAUACUGCUAAAAAUUAUUGUAUCUUGGAAGAUAAAAUAUUAGCACCAAAUUUGUAGCCUUGCACAGAAAGUGUUUUACAUGGUGUAUGUAUCAGACACACAUUCAAAAAGUAUUGGCUGUUGAUACACAUUUCAAAGUUACAUUUUUGGACCAUAACACUGAAAAGUAAAUUCUUGAGUGAAUUCUUAAAACCUUGUCACUUAAAAUGUUGAGAUGUAUAAUGUAGAGCAGCUUAAGGAAUUUUUUUGGGAUAUCUUAAUUUUGAAACUGACACAUUUUUUGUACAGUAUGAUGUAAAUCCCAAACAUAAGAUAGUUUUGCAACAAUUUUAGGUUUAAUCAAGGUUAAUUUCUAUUUGAAAUCUGCUUUAUCAUGUUAUAAAGUGCAGUCUCUCACCUGGAUGAACAGUGCCCUUUCUUUUUGUACAUAUUGAUUCAAACUUUUAUUGUUAUGUGAAACACCUAUGUUGGUUUUGAUGAAUAAUACUUGGAAUCCUUUUAUACAAACUAGAAUGUAUGUGUAAGAAUUACUGUCACUGCAAUGUAGUAACUACAAACCUAUUUUUAAAUAAAUAGAAAACUCGUUUUUCUAA